UGACUGGUUUGAUAAUUUGACUCAUUAAAUGUGAGGUGUAAUUAAAAAAAAAUCACUAUCUUUGCGAUCCUCCCUCCCCCACCUGCCUUCUAAUUCCGUUUUGGGUUACGUUCCACCCUCCCCAGCCUGCGCUAUUCAUCGGCGACUUUACAUUCUUUUCACGGGUGCACUCAGUCCUAAUGCUGAAAAACACAGACGGCACGGACACUUUUUGCAUUCUGCAUAAAAGCCCAGUGGGAUUUAAUGGUCGACGCCGUGAAUGGGGGCUCAGUUCCCCUUGUGGGUAACUACUGAACCUCCUUUGUGGUCCCUCGCCAUCCUCUUCCUCCACUUGCUACACUGCGAUUGAGGAGGAGAAGACGACAAAGAGAUGUCGCCAUUUACUGCUUGCUGCCGAGGCUUGUACAGCUGCCAGUGGAAACGCGUCAGGAAAGGCGGGGAAAGUAAAUGUGCAUGCUGGUGGUUCUCAUUCCUCACUCUGAUCACCCUGCUCUCUGUGUCUUGGAUGUACAUCUGUCUGGUCACUUCAAAUGACCAAGAGGAUGUCAAUUGGAAGGGCUUCAUCAAACUGAAGCACUGGGUGAACUGGUUCAUGGUGCUGAUCAUCAUUUCGGCAGUGUUAACCAGCUACAGUGUGCUGCUGCUGCUUUUUGCUUUGUUCCAAGUCGCAUUGAAAGAACCACUCAACUUACAUUGGCUACAUAAGUGCCUUCUUAUCCUUGGCUUGCUUUUCAUCUUUCUUGGAAUCGUUGGAAUAAGUCUCCAGUGGAAGCAAGAAUGGCCAACUGUUCUUCUCUCACUCCAGGCGACUGCUCCUUUCCUGCAGUUCGGUGCUGUUGGAGGUUUGGUUCUGCUGAGCCCAUUUGUCUUCCAGGGAUUCCAUAUGGCCAAAUCAAAAUGCUCUCGCUUCCUGAUGGCAUCAUUGUACGCUGCAGUGUCAGCAGCCGUCCUCUUGUGUCCUUUAGUCAUCCACUCACCUUGUCUGAUCGACCACAGCGACUUGCCUCCAAAGCCAAAGCUCAUCGGCCACCGAGGUGCGCCAAUGCUGGCUCCCGAGAACACGAUGAUGUCCUUCCAGAAGAGCCUCCUGUGUGGCGUGAAGGCAUUUGAGACAGAUGUGCAGAUCAGUAAGGACAGAAUUCCAUUCUUGAUGCACGAUCAACACUUGGGCUUCCUCAGAAGAACGACAGACGUCAGAAAGAAGUUUCCGCACAAGGAUUUCAACAUGAGCACCGAGUUGACUUGGAAGGACUUGCGAAGUCUGAAUGCGGGUGAAUGGUUCCUUCAGACAGAUCCUUUCCGCUCAUUGUCCCAGCUCUCUGCGGAGGAUAAAGAAGAAGCCCGAAAUCAGAGUGUUGCGUCUUUACUGCAGCUCCUGCAACUCGCCAAGAGCCACAAUGUCUCGGUCAUAUUCGACCUCUAUAGUCCCGACCAGGAGGCCGACACGGUGGAUGUGGUCAGAACGAUACUGAUGUCUGACGUGGACCCAAGCCUGAUCAUGUGGCUUCCACCUGCAGAACGAGAAUAUGUAAAAACAUCUGCUCCAGGCUUCAUCCAAGUAUACAACAAUGAAUACGACAUGUUUCAAGACGGAGGCAACCAUCUCAAUCUGCAUUAUAACAAGUUGAACACAGCACAAAUUAGGGAUCUUGUGGAUCAAAACGUGACGGUGAAUACUUGGGUGGUCAACGAGUCAUGGCUCUUCUCUCUGCUGUGGUGCGCGGGGGUCAGCUCAGUCACUACCAACGCCUGCCACCUGCUCAGGGACGUGCAGCGGCCCGACUGGAUCAUGCCCCAUCGGAUUUACACAAUCAUGUGGAUUACAGUGGACGUUAUUUCUCUUGUGUUGAUCAUCGGAAUGUACUUCCUCCAGCGUCAUUGCUGCCAAAGAAAAGUGUCGAAGAAAGAACGUGAGAAUGUGUUGGACUGGAAGGAGAAGGAACUGUUGCUCUUACCAAGUGUGAACUAGUGCUACUACAACUACUACUGACACUGUACUGCAUUGGAGGCCCAUGGUGAAGUGAUAAAGGAAAGCACAGAUGUUGUCAACCCAACCACUUCACCACAGACUCGUUGUUAUGCCACAAUA